AUGGCUUUUUCUUCCUUUUACAUUUCUAUCACACGGCAGGAAGAACACUUCCCUCUCUCUCUCUCUCUCUCUCUCUCUCUCUCUCCCUUAUCCCUUAUCUACAUUAAGGAAUUUCUUUCUUUUCUUUCUUUCUUUCUUUCUUUCUUUCUUUCUUUCUUUCUUUCUUUAGUUGUAAGUUUGACUCUCUCCUCCCUCUUUUUCUUUUCCUCAUUCUUCUCAUUAAUUUUUUCCCAUUACUUCUUUCCCUUCCUUUUUUCUUUACAUUUACCUUAUGGAAUUUUUCUUUCUUUCUUUCUUUCUUUCUUUCUUUCUUUCUUUCUUUCUUUCUUUCUUUCAAGUCAUCCGAAGCAUAACUUUCUAUCUUACAGUUACAAUUCUAAACUACGUUCUUUCUAUCUUUCUUUCUAUCUUUCUUUCUUUCUUUUUUCUUUCUUUCUUUCUUUUUUAUUUCUUUCUUUCUUUCCUUCUUUCUUUCUUUCUUUGUCUUUUACCUUUCUUUCUUUCUUUCUUUUUUUCUUUCUUUCUUUCUUUCCGUUAUCUAAUUCUAUAAGAAUCUUACUGGUUUUCUUCCUUUAUCGUCUCUGUUUUAUUCUUGUUUCUUCUCUCAUUCUUUCUUUCUUUCUUUCUUUCUUUCUUUCUUUCUUUCUUUCUUUCUUUCUUUUUUCUUUCUUUCUUUCUUUUUACAAUUUUCAAUUUUCUUUCUUUCUUUCUUUCUUUCUUUUUCUUUCUUUCUUUCUUUCUUUCUUUCAAGUCAUCCGAAUCAUAACUUUCUUUCUUACAGUUACAAUUCUAAACACCGUUCUUUCUUUCUUUCUUUCUUUCUUUCUUUCUUUCUUUCUUUCUUUUUUUCAAGUCAUCCGAAUCAUAACUUUCUUUCUUACAGUUACAAUUCUAAACACCGUUCUUUCUUUCUUUCUUUCUUUCUUUUCUUUCUUUCUUUCUUUUUUUCUUUUCAUCAUUAACUUUCUAUUACACAUUUUUCUUUUUUUUUCUUUUUCGCAUUUACAGUUUAUUUCACUUUUUCUCCAAUUCCAACUUUUUUCCCAUUAUUUAUUCUUCUUUCUUGGAUUUCAUUCCUUUAAUUUUUCAGUUUUUUUCAUUUAUCGACUCCUUUCCUUCAUUCAACUCUCCUUCCUUUUUCAUUAUAGCUUCUUCCUGUUGAUUUCGUUCCUGCUCUCUCUCUCUCUCUCUCUCUCUCUCUCUCUCUAA